AUAUUAUAAUAUUAUUAUAUAUUGUUUUCCCAACAUAUGAAGCUUCCUCCGACCAAAAUCCAAGUGCAAACCCUCGUCUCCUUCCUCGUCCUCUCGAUAGUUUUGAGAGAGGGGCCCCCUCUCUUUCAUCAUCCUUCUCGAGCUUCGAAAGGGUUUUGAUCGAUCCCCAUCUAGGUCUAUUCCCAUGGAUGAAGAGGCGGUUGAGGUAGAUCACUCUGUUACGUCCAUGCAAGAGGGGCAUGAGGCUACAUGCUGGGGUUGUGGCUUACGCCUUCUUCUUACUGCCUAUGCGCCUAUUUUUAAAUGUGGAUGGUGUGGGGCAAUAACACAGCAAAACCAAACUUCAAGAAAACCUGACAGCGUAUGUUUUUCUCACUGGCGAUGUGUCCGAGAUAGGUCCCUUGUCGCUAUUCUCCUUUUCUUCAUGUUUUUUGUGAUCAGUGGUGGUGUUUGGGCUGUAUACCCAGUUGUUUUCUCAAUCAGCUAUUUCUGUGGGGUUUUCCACUGCAUAGUGACAGCUAUUUUGUCUAUUAUUACCAUUUCUAGUUUUUUCCUAGCAUCGUUUUCCUCUGCUGGGGCACCGACAAACAUAUUGUGGGGUAGUUAUCCGGUCAUUGGUAAAAAUGGCUUAGAAAACUAUACUUUUUGCGCAUACUGUACAAAGCCAAAGCCCCCAAGAGCGCAUCACUGCCGUUCAUGUAAAAUGUGCGUGAUGGACAUGGAUCAUCAUUGCCCUUUUAUUGGCAACUGUGUUGGAGCUGCAAACCACCGGUUUUUUGUUGCGUUUCUUAUAUCUAUAGUCAUCAGUUGUUCAUACAUUCUCGUGAUGACCAUCUAUGCUGGAUUUCGUGUAUGGCCUCCUCUGAAGCUCAGAACUCUUGUGGCGUAUGGCCUCAAUUCUACGAGCGCCUUAAGUUUAGUAAAGGAGAUCACAGCUGCUUUUGCUAGCUCUGCAUUCUUGUUGUCUGCAAGAGGCCUUCUUCUUGUAUAUCUGGCUUUCGCAAGUCUCUCUGUAGAGAUUGGUAUCAGUGUAUUGUUGUGGCAGCAACUCUCUUUUAUUUACGAGGGUAACACAUACAUCAAUAGUGUAACUUCGCCGAAUGCUGUACAUGGAGAAAGGGGCUGGCAAAAUAUCCUUCGAUUCUUUGGCUGUCCACAUUCGGUUUUCAGAAUUCUACUUGGCCCUACAAAUGGUGGGAAAUCGCAAAACAAUUCAAACUCCAAGCUCUUGUGAAGGUUAGAGAUACUUGUUGCGCAUUGGAUGCCAGCGAAGAUUAAAUCCUCCUGUUGUGCCAAAAACCUGACUAAAUCAUCAACUAUCAUCGAACGACCUAUUGUCUUAUUUCUCCUCGUGGUAGCAUCAAGUGAAGCGGAAAUGUUCUAUGCUUUCACACGGCAGAAAGGGGGGUCGGGAUCGGAAAGUAGUUCAUAGCCCCAAGGCUAAGCUGGAACGAAGAUCUGCGAGGAUAUAGCCUACAAGAUGGUCGAAAAGAUCGAGUUUGGUACUUGGGGAAACAACUCUAGUUGGAUUGUUUUUUUUUUUUUUGGUUGCUACCUCUGCAUGUAUGAAUCGACGAAACACAGCUUUAUACUUUUUGGUUUUUCUUUUCUUUUCUUUUUAAUUUUUCUUCUUUCCUUUACUUUUUAUGCGAAAUUACCAGUGAGGAAGCAAUGGCUUGGUGGAGUGUAUGUAGAUGGGGUCCCUUAUUGGAGAAUAAACCAUUUGGAUUAUUUUCAGCUCUGCAAACUUUUCUUCCUUUUCGCCUC